CAACGACGCAGGCUUCUUUUCAAACCAACUGCGGUUCCUAGAUCAAUGUUUGAUGACACAUAGUAUCUACGGCGUCGCAAAGGCUGGCAAUGGAAAACAAUCUUCAGGAAGAGUUCAGACUUGCACGUUCUCAACGAGUCGCAAACGAGGCUGCAAUGUUUGUUGAAAACAAUGUAGUGCUAGCACAACCGCAGCCUCCUGUCUAUGCGGAGCAGCUGGAUCGGUUUGUAUCUGUAGAGGAAGGAAGAAGGUUGCAGCAGAUAAGCGCAGAGCUGUGGAAAGAAGCGGAGGCGGAGAAGAACAAGCUUUUUGCGCUUAUGCAGCAAGUACAACUCAAACUCAGUAAGAAAAGUAAAGGAGAGUACAAGCCAGUUGAUCUCAAAACCUGCAACUGGGGAGAGGUCAUGUACGAGGUACAUGCCACUAAUCAAAGCUGGAAAGGUUUGCCUGGAAGUAUGUCCAAGGGUCGGAAGUGUCUUGAAAGAUUGGGGCAAGACUCAGGAGCAUUUCAAGCGUGGCUCGGAAUUCUUCCCGCAGGAGACUACGGAGCGAGUAUAUGCGGGGUCUUCAAGCUUGCUGUUGGGGCGGCAGGUAGAUACGUUGAAGUGGAGGAGAGCAUAUUUGACGCGCUUGCAGAGCUCCCAGAAAUCAUGGAAGACGCUCGAAAUUACAUACUAAUCUAUCAAGAUUAUCCAAACCAAUCGUUGGAGCGCAAGACAUUUGAUCUCUAUCUUGCCAUUCUGAAGUCGCUCAACCACAUAGUGCAGUUCUUUGCUGAUAGUGCUGCAAAAAAGUUUUUUGAGCCAAUUGCAAAGCAAAAGAAUUACAAAAGUGGCCUUACCAAGAGCCUCGAAGAUGUUAGGAAGCAUACUUCGAGGAUUAAAGUGGCGGCGCAACAAUGCCUGGCAGCUCGAAGCGCGAACAUAGAUAAGAAUGUGAUCGAACUUUUAGAGAAGGUGGACACUCUUCCUGAAGAAAUUGGAGAGAGGCUUGCUCAGAAGCUCUACCGGCUUUUGCAAAGUAGUACUCUAUUCAACAAUAAAGGACAUGUCACAGAACUCACAGACGAAGCAGCCCCGAACAGCACUAUUGUAGGGACAACUAAACAUUUGCUCGAACCAGCAACAUACAACACUGCAGUAGCUGAAAAUUUACUAGAGCUUUUGCAUUAUGACCCUGUAUUUGCUUCAAGAUCUCUCAAGACAUGCCUGGAAAUUGGAGACAAAUUGGACGACCGAGGAAAGGCGCGAGCGUCCGCGAUGGUCGACAGCGACAAACUGAGAAUCUGGCUCGCAGGAGACGAGUUCUCAAGCUCUCUACUAGUAAAUGGACGAUGUGACAUUGAAGCGACAGAGGGCCAAUCUCCCCUGAGCUUCGUGGAUGCACAGUUAGUAAAAGUCUUCGAGCGGAACGGACAAGCGCUUGUGAUCAGCUACUUCUCUAGCCUCCACAGAGAUAUCGAAAUUUCCUCUCAAGGAACGCCAACUGCUAGGAUGAUGGCAUAUCUCAUCGGCGGGCUGCUUACUCAGAUGGUGGCUAGGGAAUUCGAGGUGGAUGUUUCAUUCUUGACAAAGAGUGAUCGGAAGAAGGUGGAGAACCUCGACCUGGAUACUCUCUGUAUCGCCUUUCGAGAGUUUACCAUGCAGCUGCCGGCCCGCACUGUUCUUGUUUGUGUCCUAGACGAGAUUGUCUUGUACGAGACCUCGUAUCUAGCGGCUGAGAUAGAUGCAAUUAUGCGACGGUUAACUCGUUUAGUGACCAAACACACCCAGGUCCUCUUCAAAUUGCUUGUUACCUCUCGAGGCCGGAGUCUAGACUUCCAGAAAUAUUUCAGGGACAAGGAUAUACUCGACUUACCUGCAGAUGUUGAGUUGAAUGAUUCUGCAAUGUGGAAGGUUCAGAACAUCGGCGAGGGUUGAAUGAAAACUAUGGGGCGAACAAAAAGAGUCGGAGUAGACCAUGACUUAGCAGGAACCCACAUAACGUCACAGGGGAGGGCGAAAUUGUAAAGAUCUUACAAGAGAACGCAAAGAAAAAGGAGCUGCAAUGGUAACGCAGAAUACACGCGCAAGAACAGGCAGGUUGAAAUAAGUGCACACUAUUAUUCCGAGAAUAAAUUAUGUAAC